AUGAGGGGCAGGGAUGCCAAGCGGGAGAAGAUUCUGGGGCAGGACCCGCAAGACCUGGGCCCAGUGGAUGACGGAGGAGCCAGCGAGACUGCUGGUUUCCGCCCGCCUUCCGCCCGCCUUCCUUCCGGCUUCUGUCCAGUUUCCUUCUGCCUUCGUCGGGCGUCGCCCGCGGCACGCUUCCCUGGGGUCACUGUCUACCUGGCUGAGCCACGCAUGGGCCGCAGCCGCCGGGCCUUCCUCACACGCCUGGCUCUCUCCAAGGGCUUCCGCGUCCUGGACGCCUACAGCUCGGAGGUGGCACACGUCAUGAUGGAGGGGACCUCAGCAGAGGAGGCCGUCUGCCGGCAGGAGCGCAGGACGGCGGCCCUUCACCCAUGAUGCACCCGCCCAGUGCUCUUAGACGUAAGCUGGUUCACGGAGAGCAUGGCGGCCGGGCAGCCUGUCCCUGUGGAGUGCCAGCACCGCCUGGAGGAGGCUCUGGAGACGCUGGCAGAGGCCGCGGGCUUCGCCGGCAGUGAGGGCCGCCAACUCUCCUUGUGCAGAGCGGCCUCAGUGCUCACGGCCCUUCCCAGCCCGGUCACGGCCCUGAGCCAGCUGCGUGGCCUGGCCCGCUUUGGAGAACACUCGUGCAGCGUCGUCCAGGAGCUGCUGGAACACGGAGUGUGUGAGGAGGUGGAGAGAGUCCGGCUCUCGGAGAGGUACCAGGCCAUGAAGGUCCUCACUCAGAUCUUUGGGGUCGGGGUAAGGACCGCUGACCGGUGGUACCGGGAGGGGCUGCGGACGCUGGACGACCUCCGAGAGCAGCCCCAGAGACUGACCCAGCAGCAGAGAGCAGGACUCCAGCACCACCAGGACCUGAGCACCCCGAUCCUGCGGUCAGACGUGGAGACCCUGCAGCAGGCGGUGGAGGCAGCCGCGGGGCAGGCCCUUCCUGGGGCCGCCGUCGCGCUGACCGGCGGCUGCCGGAGUCAGACUGGCCCCCUCCGGGGGAAGUUGCAGGGCCACGAUGUGGACUUCCUCAACCACCCCCAGGAGGGCCGGGAGGCAGGGCUGCUGCCCAGAGUGCUGUGCUGCCUGAAGAAGCAGGGCCUUGUCCUGUACCGCCAGCACCAGCGCAGCCGGCAGGCAGACAACCCCACCCACCUGCCCCGGCAGAGCCACACCAUGGAUGCCUUCGAGGGGACUUUCUGCAUUUUCCACCCGCCACAACCCCCAGGGGAUGCUGUAGGGGCGCCCAGAGGCCCUGCCUCACCCUGACCCCUGGUGGUCACCCGCAUCAGCCAGUUCCCCUUUGCGCUACUCGGCUGGACUGGCUCCAAGCGUUUCGAGCGGGAGCUGUGCCGCUUCAGCCGGAAGGAGAGGGGGCUCUGGCUGAACAGCCGUGGUCUGUUUGAUCCGGGGCAGAAGACGUUUUUCCACGUGGCUGCAGAGGAAGACAUCUUCAGACUCUUGGGCCUUGCGUACCUUGCCCCCCAGCAGAGAAACGCCUGGUCCUAUUAG